AUGGAGGAAGGACCUCUUCAGAGGUCAUCACCACAUCCCAUUCUGUCCAAACUUCUGCAGUCGUCCGCAUCUUCAAGCUGCUCCUCUGUCUGUGCUUCGUCAGGGGAGAGUGAUGAGGCCAGUGAAGGAGAAGGAACCGUGUCCCAGCGGAAAACACUCAGGAAGAGUCAUUCCUGGAAAACCUUUUUGACUAUGAUGCACUGGUCAUUGAAGAGGCAGAGCUCCUUUGUCCAGCUGGCUGGACAUCAAGGAAACUUUCAACUGAGCGAUGGAGGUGAGGUACUCAAACUCUACAGUGAAAGUGAAGCUGCCUGCCUGGACAUUUUAAUGACAGACCCUCUGAGGCCCUUUGUGCCGCAGUACUAUGGCCUCAUCAGCAGAGGAGAGCACCGCUACAUCCGCCUGGAGGACCUGCUGUGUGGACUCAAGAGCCCCAUGAUCAUGGACUGUAAGAUGGGAGUCAGAACGUACCAGGAGGAAGAGAUAAAGAACGCGCACACCGGACCUCUGCUGCGUAAGGACCUGUAUCAGAAGAUGGUCAAAGUGGAUCCUUCAGCGCUGACAGCAGAAGAACAUGCACAGAUGGGGGUGACCAAGUGGAGGUACCUUCACUGGAGAGACACCACCAGCUCCACUUCUACUAUGGGCUUUCGCAUUGAGGGCAUCAUGAUGGAAGAUGGAAAUAUUCACAGAGACUUCAAAAAGAUUUUAACAUUUACUCAAGUAACGGAGACUCUGCUUUUCUUUACCAGACACCAGUUGAAUGUCUUGAAAUCCUAUCACUCAAGACUCCUGGCCCUAGAUGAAGCCUUGAAGUGUUCACCAUUUUUCCGAAAGCAUGAGGUAAUUGGAAGCUCGCUCCUCUUUGUCCAUGACCCCAGCAAUAAGGCUAGUGUUUGGAUGAUAGAUUUUGGAAAAACCACACCUCUUCUGGAGAUAAAUGAGCUUAAACAUAACGUGCCAUGGACUGAAGGCAGCAGAGAGGAUGGAUACCUCCUGGGACUCACUUCCCUCAUCACAUCACUGAGCCAGGCCAUAAGUAGCAUCUCCUGUCAACAACAAAAACACUGUGACAGUGACAUAGAGACGAGUACAGAAUAA